AUGUCCGACUAUGAUUUCCGUCCUGGGGGCUCCCUCAAGCUCAAGGGGGGAGUCGCGGAGGGUGGAGUAGUGAAAAAGAAGAAGAAAUCGAAAUCCAAGUCGAACCAGAAGGAGACGACUACAGACCCAGAGCGCGAGCGGGUCAAGGAGUUGUUGUUCCAAGAGGAUAAGGUCUCGCAAUCUCCGUCAGGAAGCGGCCGUAACUCUCCCGCUGCUUCAGGCAAUAACGGCCGCAAGACCAAAGCGGAGGAACGCUUUGAGGAGGUCCAGAAACGAAGGCUGGCCCAAAAGGUGGCCAAAUUGGCGCAUAAGACGCACAAGGACCGCGUCAGCGAAUUUAAUACACAUCUGGAGUUACUCAGCGAGCACCACGAUAUCCCCAAGGUUGGACCUGGUUAA